UGACUGCAUCCCUGUAUCCCUGCUGUCAAAGCUACAGGACAUCUAGCUUGCUGCACGGUGGAAACAGGCACAUUGGUGGUAGAAAGCAGAUGAAUGCUGAAACAAGUGUAGCGUUUGAUACCGAAUUAUAUAACUCGCCACUGAUCAUUGAAAAAAAGUGUGUGAAACUUCAUUUCGCAUUUACACAGUUGAAAACAGGCGUCUGGAGGAACGUUUUACGAGCAGGUUGAGUAAAAAAUACGAAGAAUCCAUCUCGUAGACCAAGGAAAGCUCUUUAGAAGAGCGUUGUUCUUGCGGUCGGUGCGCGCGACUUUCCCUGAAGUACAAGCUUUACGCAUAAUGUCGAGGAAAAAGGCUUCAAAGGGCAAAGGCAGCAGCGCGAGCCCCUCUACAACCAAAGACAACAGUAACAAAUCGGGUAAAAGUGGCCUGGUGGCUGGAGUUCAGGCUAAUGGAGUGGUGCAUCCGAGCCGACCAUCUGUCAGCAGUAGUGAAUUUUACGACGUCGCCUUCAAGGUGAUGCUGGUAGGCGACUCAGGAGUAGGGAAGACCUGUCUGCUAGUGCGCUUUAAGGAUGGAGCAUUUCUGGCUGGCAGCUUUAUUUCUACUGUGGGAAUUGACUUUAGGAUCUGGGAUACUGCAGGGCAGGAGCGCUUUCGAAGUGUUACACAUGCCUACUACCGUGAUGCCCAUGCCCUGCUGCUGCUGUAUGAUGUCACCAACAAAGCAUCAUUCGACAACAUUCGGGCUUGGCUGACAGAAAUCCAUGAGUAUGCUCGGCAAGAUGUGGUCUUAAUGAUACUUGGCAAUAAGGCUGACGCCUCUCAUGUUAGAACAGUAAGGAGAGAGGAGGGUGAAAGACUCGCUAAGGAGUUUGGAGUGCCUUUUAUGGAGACAAGUGCCCGAUCUGGCCUUAAUGUAGACCUGGCCUUCACUGCCAUAGCAAAAGAGCUGAAGCACAGGUCCAUGAAGGAUGGGGAUGAGCCAAAGUUUAAAUUGCAUGAAUAUGUCAAUAAGGAAAUGAAGACCACUGGCUGCUGCAGGACCUAAAACCACAAGUGGGUGUGUUUGUGUGUACAUAUGCACAUGGUUAUCAUAAAUGUGUUUACAUUUGCCCAGCUAUGGGAAUUUCUUUUGUGUUUGUCUGUGGACAUAUGGUUCUUAUGACUAUGUUUAAAUUUGUCCACAUACAUCAUGUGUUUGUGUGAAUAUAUGUACACUGAAUACAUGAUAAAUGGUAGACAAUGAACAGUGUGCAGAAUUUUAUCAGCUUUGUUAAACCAUGUGUGGAUUUUUAAUUCAUUUCGAGCUUGGGAGAGCCUUGAAGGGCUCAUGGGUACUAUAAUUAAUUCAAGCUGUUUCUAGAGAAGCACAAUUCUGCUCUUUUCUAUCUUCAAAAGCACCACAUAUCCUAAUCAGUGCAAUGGGAAGAAAUGCACCCUUUAGAGAAACAGUCAAGAAAUGCCACAAGCACGUACUGUAGGUAUAAAAUGUUAAAUCUUUUUUGUCCACCAAAGUAAUUAGGGGCCACAUGCUACCACAUGCCAUUUUAUAUAGUCAUUGAAAUUCAAAUUAAAUACAAACUGGAUGAAUAAUUUAGGAAUUGCAGCAGUUUUAACAUUUAGCAUUUACAAACCCACCCCAGGUAGGAGGUCAAAACAAUUAGACAAUUGGCUGCUCAGCUGUUUCGGUGCCAGUUAAAAGGUCUAGAGUUGAUUUCAAGUGUAGCAUUUGCAUUUGUAAUCUGGUGUUCUUAACUCUCAAUAUGAAGUUUAAAGAGCUGUCACUGCCAGUGGACUCCAUAAGAGAGACCACAUUUUGGUUAUUAGGUUAAUUAUUUGGUAAACUGUUAGCAAAAAAGAAUGGCCACAGGAAUAAUGAUAAAAUUUUAAUACCACACAAAAUAACUGUAGUGAAUGACAGAAGAAUUUUAGGUAGGUGUACAGUAUAUCUGUCCAAAUCAUCAAUCGGGUAUCCAGAGUAAUCACAGAGGGUUUGAAAAGGGGGGACCAUAUAUAAAAAGUUUUGUUUUCCUACAACAUUCACCCAAUUUGGAAACUGAAAAAAAAAAAAAAUAUAUAUAUAUAUAUAUAUAUAUAUAUAUAUAUAUAUAUAUAUAUAUAUAUAUAUAUAUAUAUAUGAAAAUCCGCAUUUCAGCUUUUGAGUGUGAAUAAAUUAUGACAGUCCAUGGCAGCUCAAGUUCUCACUGUCAUUAGAGCAAAAAGCAGUUCUUGUAAAUAUUACAAUGCUUCUACUUUUUAGUUGUUGUCAAAAUAGAAUUUGUAAUGAAAACAGUUUAUGUGUGUAUGUGUGUGUUUGGAGAAAGGCAUCCAAUUGUCAAUAAAAGAAACAGCAUCAUUCCUAAUAUUUGGCUAAAUUAAAUUAAAUAUCUGGAACAAAUGGGCUGUUUCAAUAAAGAUGCUAUUAAAUGUACAUGUCAUACUUUCAGUUUUUGCUAAAACAUAAACCAGGAUUACAGCAUGCUAAUUCAGUAAUAUAGUAAUUGGUACCAAGAUAUAAAUUAAUUAUUGGUACCAAUACAUUUUAAAUAUGGGUGAAAACCCCAACAAUAUAUGUGAUAUGUUAUAAAUAAAGUUUGAUGGUUGAUAUGUGUUGAAGUGUAACCAAGGGAAACAUAGCUGUCACACCAGUUUAACAUCACAGCCAUGCUUGGACACCAGCAUUUAUUUAAAUGGAAAGGGAUUUUCUCCAAAGCUCAUAUUCCAAAGCUUUGAGCUACAAUAAGGGUGUUUUUGACAAAUUACUGAUGUUGUUUUUGACAAAUUACUGUAGACAGUGUAUAUGUUAAAGCUAUAAUACAUGUUUUGUUGCUUUCUGUAGAUAUUAAAGUGUUUAAAGUUUUUUGAUCGCAAUGUUUAUACCAAAUUAUUCAUUUAAUUCAGAUUUUCAUUUUGUUAUAUAUGUAUAAUAUAUUAGUAUCAUUUAGUUCAGUGUAGUUAAGUGGCAAAAAAUCUUCAUUACAGCUUUAACAAACCCUUUAUUUUGUUCUCUGUCCUUUUUUGAAUGGAAAUGCUAACAGUUAAAGUUAUCUUUGGAUAAAAGUUGAAAGCUAUAUUUUGCAGAAUUUGUAUUUUGUGUAUUUUCAUAUAUACACUGCUAGCAGUUCAUGUUCAUUUUACAUAAUUCUUUAUAUACACAUCAGUAUAUUGAGUGUUACAUCUUUUUGAUAUAUUCCAAAUCACUUAGAACUACUAUUUAGAUUAACCUUAAAUACUGAGGCAAGAAAAUAAAUCAGAACGAAUUCUUAAUUUAAAAGUAAGCUACACAACUGUAAACACGUGUUACUUUUUCAUUUUGUAAAUCAUUCUGUAAAUUAUUAUACAGGGUUUAAAAAACAAAUUGUAUACCGAAACCAGAAAAAAUCCAACAUUUAUCUUAUAUUUUAUGUACAAUUCUAUGGAAUUUACAGUGCCUAUAGAAAUUCUAUACACCUUUUUGAAAUGUAUACAUUUUGGCUAAACAAACCAAACUCAAGAAGUGAAUGUAGUAAAACAAUAUAGCACCAUUCUUUUGGCUACCCUCUUGUGUUAAACUAGUGAUAUUUAUAUAAUUUCAUCUAUCCAUUCUCUCAUAACGGUUUUUAAUUCCUCUCUUGUUCUUGCUAGUUUCUUGUCUCUGUCUUUUUUGUCCAUGCAUACACCGUUUUGAUGGUGCCAGCCAUUGCAUAUAUUUGCAUUAAUAGAUAAACUAUUAUAAACUAAUUACUAAUUUUAACUAAUAACUAAUGAGUUUCAUUAAUCAUAUCGUUAAUACUUAUCCAUAUUGUUGCAGACAUCAGAGUUCAAGCAUCUGAUUAGAUUAGAUCUGUUUAGAUUAGAUUACUAUAUUACUGAGAAGAUGGUACACCCUGGACAAGAUGCCAGUCUAUCACAGGGCAGACUAUCACAUGGCACACACACUACAGAAAAUUUAGAGAUGCCAAUCAGCCUACAAUGCAUGUUUUUGGACUGGGGAGGAAACCAGAGUACCUGGAGGAAUGGAGAGAACAUGCAAACUCCACACACAUAUGGUUGAGGUGGGAAUCAACCCCCAAAACCUGGAGGUAUGAGGCAAACGUGCUAAU